AUGGUUAAAAUUGUUGGGAGUCAAGCAGAUUUCGAAGCAAUCAUUUCCCAGAAUGAAUUAGUCAUCGUAGACUUUUUUGCCGAAUGGUGUGGGCCCUGUAAAAGAAUAGCACCAUUUUAUGAAGAGUGCUCAAAGAAAUAUACCAAGAUGGUUUUCAUAAAAGUUGAUGUUGAUGAAGUGUCCGAGGUUACGGAGAAGGAAAAUAUAACAUCCAUGCCAACCUUUAAGGUUUACAAAAAUGGAAAUGCUGUGGAUACAUUAUUAGGAGCUAAUGACACAGCGUUGAAGCAGCUCAUUGAGAAACAUGCAUCCUAA